AUGCCCGUUUCGCAUAUCACCUUGACCGUCUCUCACCUCCCGACCUCUACCUCUUUCUUCUUAUCAUGUUUACAGCCAUUGGGAUACCAAUUCAUCGGUCGACAUGACGACUAUAUAGGGUUCGGGCAGAAGCAGGGGGAGCCUGCUGAUUUCUGGAUGACCGAGACUAAGCCUGGAUCUCCUCCUGGCGCAGUCCAUGUCGCCUUUCCAGCCCCGUCGAAAGACGCAGUCGGCUCGUUCUUCAUAAGUGCUCUAAAAGCGGGCGCGAAGAUCCACGGCGAACCCAAGAUGCGAGAUUCGCAGUCAGGGUACUUCAGUGCAGCCGUCAUCGACUUCGACGGCAACAGCAUUGAAGCCGUGUACCGGCCCAGCAGUGCCUCUGUCAUAUCAUCAGAGGCUAGCGGGCCGACAAUGGCUCUUAUAGAGAGUUCCAGCCGCUCUGUGGUCUCAAAGGCGAGCAGCAGAGCUAGCACCAUCAAGACAGAGAGCAUCGCACCUCCGAGGUCUGAGGUGUCUGAAGCUAGAUCUAUAGCAAGGUCUGAGGCGAGGUCCGAGGCACGAUCUGAGGCAAGAUCUGAAGCCCGAUCCGAGGCAAGGUCCGAAGCCCGAUCUGAGGCCAAGUCGCGUGCCAUUUCCAAGGCACCCACAACCUUUGAGCGGUCUGCACCAACAGUCGUCUCCCGCCAAUUCCAAGGCCCACCCCCACCAUCAUACACGGUGCAAGCACCCGCACCGCCCCAGAGCGAUGACGGUAGCAAGGCAGCCAAGACGAUCGUGGGCACGCUCAUUGGCGCCGCGGCGGGCGCAGCCAUCGCCUACGCAAUGGUCAAGGGUGACUCCCAGUCAACAAUCCAAGAACCCGAACAGCCAACGCAGUUCGUAAGCAGCUUCCCUCAAAUCAAAGCCGCGGCCCAAUCCUUCUUCGGCAACGACGACCAACAAUCCCAAUACCGUGCCAUCGAAGCACCCUCACCACCUCGCAGCUCUUACACAACAGCCUCAAACCCCCGCUCAACCCUCACGCGCAGCGUAACCUCCAAGAACCCUCGCGCCAGCACAGUCUACGAGGGGACCGAAUACAUGCACGACAACCCCCGCCGCGCCUCAGAAGGCAGCAUCUACAGUAUUCCCGAAGACACCCCGCUCCGGGCAAUCGAGUACCCACCAGCCAGCAACGCCUCGCAGCAACGCUACGCCUGUGCCCCGUCAACCUUCAUCAGCAGCUUCCACGACGAGAAGACCCGGGGUCCAAGCAGCGUGCACAGCUCCUCAACGAUCAAAGCCUCGCAAAGCACCCACCGACGCCACAGCCACGACGACCGCGACGGAUACGAGUCCGUCGUCUCGCAGCGUUCACAAAAGAGCCAGCAAAGCACACACUCCUACCGCGCGGCCUCAGUGCGCUCUUCCUCACACGCCGGCAAAGACAACGCUAGCGUUGCAUCUUCCUCCCGCUCUGCACGCAAUAUCCCCCUCCCCGCUGGCUCAAACGCUACAUACUACUCCAGCCCAAGUAUCCACAGCAAGGAUGGCGGGAACUCGUAUUUGUCUGCGCGGAAUGUCCCACUCCCCGAGAGCGUGGUGGAUCUAGAUGUUGACUCGCAUGUUUCGCCUGAUGACUCGAUUAGCCAGGUUGGAUCGCGUACUCAUCGGCACCGCUCGCAUCGGUCUUCCAAGGGGUCUAGGGCUGAUGAUCAUGUGAGUCCGGCGGACUCGGUGAGUCAGGUUUCGAGGGCUAGUCAGAGGACUGCUAAGGCUGGGGAGGGGUCGAGGGCUGGGAGUCGACGGGGAAGUCAGGUUGCUUGA